AUCGUGGAAGAAACAAAAUCUGAUCAUCUGCUCAUUGCUAUUCUGAUUUCGUUUCAUUAGUUUCUUUUUCUUUCAAGAAUUUCCGGUCUGCUCAAUUUUACGGGAGAAAAAGCAAAGCUUUGAUAUUCUUUCUUGAAGGAUGGAGGGCGCUCGCCGCGUCGCCUUCGAUGCGGCGAAGGAGAUGCAAUCGCCGCGCUUCCGCGCCAUUAUCCGCGCUACAAGUGGUCGCCGGAAGCGAUCUCCAACUGACGUCAAGAGCUUUUCCCACGAAUUGAACUCCAAGGGCGCCAGCCCGCUUCCGUUUCGGAAGCUCCGCGGUCUCACAAGGCCCGAAGAUAUAAUGACGGUGAUCAAGUCCAAGUUUAAGCUUCUCAAAGAGGAGGUGAACGCGGAAUUGGGUGUCUACGCUGGCGAUUUGGUAGGAAUUCUUGAUAAAGCAACGGAGGAGCACCCGGAGUGGAGGGAGCCAUUAGAGGAUCUUCUCGUGAUCUCCCAGAAAUGCGCGGAGAUGUCGCCGGACGAGUUCUGGGUAAAAUGCGAGGGGAUAGUUCAGAACCUGGAUGACCGUCGGCAUGAGUUGCCCAUGGGAACCCUCAAGCAAGUACACACUCGGAUCCUCUUCAUCCUCACGAGGUGUACUCGCCUGUUGCAAUUCCAGAAGGAAGGUGCGUACGGCGAAGAGGAGCAUGUUCUUGGCCUCCACCAGUUCAGUGAUCUUGGAUUUUAUCCGGACCAGACUGAUUCUGGUCAGGCUCUUAAGAACCAAAUCACUGCCAAGAAUAUCAAGGAAAAGAUCAUUAGGGCAAAAAUUCAAGAGAAAAGGCUCAGCUUGUCUCAUUUGAAUCAAUAUUCAGCUGGAGGUGCUGACUCCCCGGCUAGCAGGGAUCGAAUUUCUUCCUGGAAGAAACUGCCGUCUGCUGCCGAGAAGAAUCAGAAGAAGGGAGAAGCAGAGGAGGAUGACUCCCAGCGGCUGGAAAAAACAAAGCUCGGUGUUGAUGAGAAAAUAGGAGUUUUCAAAUCCUCUGAAAAGCCACCUAAAAGCUCAGCUGGUAUAGUUAGUCAAGGAGCGAAUUCUGAGAAGGUUUUUGAUGGUAAAAGGUUGAUGAUAUGUCGCAUUUGUGACUUUGAGAUACCAACCAUGCAUGCCGAAGGACACUUCAAAGUAUGCACUAUUGCUGAUAGAUGUGACUCCAAGGGAUUAUCAGUUGAGGAACGGCUUGUGAGAGUAGCUGAAAUUCUUGAGAAAAUUGUUGAUCAAUGCAAGCCAAAAGAGCAUGAGAAAAUUUCUAGAGUUGGAUUUUCCUGUAAAAGUGGAGAGUCUCAUGAGCUAACCUCUACAAACGUUGGGCAGUUCCUUCCAGAUCCAUCUACCUUGUGUGAUAUUGAUGUUUUGAAUUCUAGUGCUGGUAUGCGUGAUCAGGGGAUCCUAGCAUCUUCAUCUGAAAGCAUAAGCGCACAAUCAUCUUUGGUGACGCCUCGAACUAGCCUGCUUAACUUGCUAUCAACUAGCAAUAUCUCAUUUCUUGAGUUUGAAAAUUUUCAGCAGAUUCAAAGUUUGCUGAAUCUUGUUCGUUGCAUUGAGAGUGUAAGAAACUGUGAUUACAACUCAUUGGAGCACUUGAGUUCCUAUUUAGAAAGCUUGAAUACUGUUAUUGGUAACAGACUGGUGGAUGGCCUCAUUAUUGAGACUUUUGGAAGACGUAUAGAGAAAUUGCUGCAGGAAAAGUUCAUACAACUUUGUGGUCAAAUUGAUGAUGGAUAUAAGGAUUCUUCUAUGGAUGAAGAUGGUUCUAUAGAAAGUGAUAGUGGACGUAGCUCACGAACAAGCCCUUUGAGCACAAAGAUUAAGGAUCGGACAUGCAUUGAAGAUUUUGAAAUUAUAAAACCAAUCAGCCGAGGGGCAUUUGGAAGAGUUUUUCUUGCAAAGAAAAGAAUUACUGGGGACAUUUUUGCAAUCAAGGUUCUUAAAAAGGCUGAUAUGAUUCGUAAGAAUGCAGUUGAAAGUAUUUUGGCUGAACGUAACAUUCUAAUUUCAGCUCGAAAUCCCUUUGUGGUGCGGUUUUAUUAUUCCUUCACAUCUAGGGAAAACCUUUAUUUGGUGAUGGAAUACCUGAAUGGUGGAGAUCUUUAUUCUCUAUUGAGAAAUUUAGGUUGUUUAGGCGAAGAUAUGGCUCGGUUAUACAUUGCUGAAGUAGUUCUUGCACUGGAAUACUUGCAUUCGUUGAAUGUCAUUCAUCGGGAUCUUAAACCAGACAAUCUAUUAAUAGCUCGAGAUGGCCAUAUAAAGCUGACUGAUUUUGGGCUCUCUAAAGUUGGUCUUAUCAACAGCACUGAUGACUUAUCCGGCCCCGAUGUUAGUGGUGCUGUAAUUUUGGAUCCUGCACCAACACCAACACCAACAUCUCAACGAGCAGAAAAAAGAGAGCAAAGGCGAAAACAAUCUGCUGUUGGGACUCCUGAUUACUUGGCACCAGAGAUACUUCUUGGAAUGGCACAUGGCCCAAAUGCAGAUUGGUGGUCAGUUGGAGUUAUUCUUUUUGAAAUGCUUGUAGGUAUUCCACCAUUUAAUGCUGAACACCCACAGAAAAUUUUUGAUAAUAUUAUGAAUCGAGACAUACCUUGGCCACAAAUACCUGAGGAGAUGAGCCAUGAAGCCUAUGACUUAAUUAACAAGCUACUUAUUCAGAAUCCGCUUCAAAGAGUUGGAGCCACUGGUGCAGGAGAGGUAAAGGCCCAUGCCUUCUUCAAAGACAUAAACUGGGAUAUGCUUGCAAGACAGAAGGCUGCAUUUAUUCCCUCAACACAGGAUGAUGAAGACACUAGUUAUUUUGAGAGUCGCCAUGCGUGGAAUUCAGAGGAUGCUCAAAUUCAUACAGCAUCAAAUGAUAUUUAUGACUAUUCUGAUGCAGGAAGUGCAAGUGAUUGUACUACGCCAGACAGUUGUGAAGAAGAUGAUGACGAUGAAUUUGGAAGUAUGGCCGACAUUGGUUCACGAGACCAGGAGGUGAAGUAUUCAUUCAGCAACUUCUCAUUCAAGAAUUUGUCUCAGCUUGCUUCAAUCAACUAUGAUCUAAUCACAAAGAGUAGCGAAGACCAGAAUUCCAAUCUUUAAUACUCUGCCUUUAUCUGCUUCAAAGAUUGAGCUAUAGCGAUAAAGUAAGUUUCUGUGUGGAGAUUCUUCCCAUUUUUUCCUUUAUUCGUUCUUUAAUUAUUUGAUUAUUCAAUCUCUUCAUCGAUCUCUUCAGCUGAAAUUGUACAUAAUGUUUCUUUUUGCCAUUUUCUUUACCCUGAGUAAGCUGCUACUCCUACUGUACUUCACCUCUUUGUGCAUCUUCAACUUGUAUAUUACACAGAAUAAUUGUAGAAGUUUCUCUAACAAUGGAAUUCAUUAUUCAAUUUCUCUUUCUCU